UAAAACUCUAAACAGUUUAUGUGCAGGGUGUGUGGGGUCUGCAGCGAUUUUAGCAGAAUGCAGCAGAUGAGAAGCAGACUGUAAAAAAAAAUACUUUACUUAAUCGGUUGUCAAUGCGACAACGAAACGUCCUGUGGCACACGGCUCCUUUUCGUACCUGAAGAAGUCGGCUCCCUAACCGAGUCGGCACGAAAAGCCAGCUCGGUCGCCAUCAGCACAACGCUAACUCCCACAGUGCAACGGGGUAAUGUAUUAACAUGGCGUCAGUGGUCGCUGUUUGGAUCAGGGCCGUGGGACUGGAACACCAUCAUGUAAAACAGAACUAUGGAUCCAACUAAACAAUAAUCCCAGAUCAGCUUUAGAGCUCAGACCUUUAGGUGGCCUGCCUGGUGUUGGGGACGGGUGGGUCAACAGCCGCAGGACCCGAGGGAUGGACGACUCUGUAAGUUCAGUGAAAGCGGUCAAACCGUCUCAGUCCAGAGGAGCGAAGGCUUCGUGCAGCCAGAAGCCAAACAAAGAGGGCUUCAAGUCUACGCCGCGCAGCAAAGAAAACCUCACCGCUGCCAAAGAUGAGCGGAACGCAGGCAGCCUGGUGGGCCGCGGGCCAGGCAGCACUUUUCCAGACAACUCCCAGGACAAGAAGAGAGGACGGCCCUCCAGGCUGACUGGAAGAACAAGUUCAGGGGAGAGGGGCAAAGGGAAGGUGGGGAACUCUCAACCUCAGCAUCCUGAGUCCAAAACGCCUCAUCCUGCAGGCGGCAGCAGCUCGUCAGCAAACAGAGAGACAAACACUCCUGUUUUACCUGCUACACCUGAAAGGGCCCUCACAGAGCAAGCUGAAAUCUCCCCAGGGGCCCCAGCAAGAGAAAAGUCCCAUGCGGUGAAAGCUGCAGCUCUGAUGCAUCCAUCUGCUGAAGAGGGGGAGGAGGUGAGGCUGGCUGAGGAGGAAGGACUUACAGAGCAGCAGCUGGGCCUGCGACAGGUCGAGGAGCGCCUCCUCAGAGACCACAUCCACCGGCUGGUCAAACCGUCCCCUGAGUACCCAAACUAUCAAUACUUAUGCAAAGUCUGCUCUGUGCACAUUGAGAACGUCCAUGGGGCUUACAAACACAUCAAGGAGAAGCGGCACAAGAAGAACAUGAUGGAGAAGCAGGAGGAGACGGAGCUUCGGGCCCUGCCGGCACCCUCUGCUGUCCAGCUGAAGGCGGUGGAUUCAGCCGUCCUGGAAACUGCCAGCCAGCAGGGGAUCUCUGAGGAGGACUUUGAAGAACGGAAGGCUGUUGUGAUGAGGAUGGAGGAGAUCAUAAAGAAGCACCUGUCAGCUUGUUCUCUCCGUCUCUACGGUUCGUGUCUCACACGGUUCGCUUUCAAGACGAGCGAUAUCAACAUUGAUGUCACCUAUCCCUCCACAAUGACGCAACCCGAAGUCCUUAUCCAGGUGCUGGAAAUCCUCAAAAACCAACCUGAAUAUUCAGAAGUUGAGUCGGACUUUCAUGCCAAAGUUCCUGCUGUGUUUUGCCGGGAUCGAAGCAGUGGCCUGAUUUGUAAAGUGAGUGCAGGAAAUGAUGUCGCAUGUCUCACCACCAAUCAUUUGGCUGCCCUGGCUAAACUGGAGCCCAGACUGGUUCCUCUGGUCCUGGCCUUCCGCUACUGGGCUAGGCUGUGUCACAUUGACUGCCAGGCCGAAGGCGGCAUCCCAUCAUACUCCUUUGCCCUCAUGGUCAUCUUCUUCCUGCAGCAGAGGAAGGAGCCCGUCCUCCCCGUCUACCUGGGAUCCUGGGUCGAAGGCUUCGACGUGAAGCGAGUAGACGAGUAUCAUCUCACUGGAAUUUUUCUGGACAUGUUUGUCAAGUGGGAGCACCGACCCCCGAGCUCCACGGAGGGCCGAGGGGAGAACCGGAACGAGGCCAAAGCAGAAGGAGGAUCAAAACCAGAGCAGAAAAAAUCUGAUGAUGCUCACCAUGCAGAGGGCCUGAGCCGUUUAACCCUGGAUGUUGGAAAAGGACUGUCGCUGGGCCAGUUAUGGUUGGAGCUUUUACGUUUCUACACUCUGGAGUUUGCUCUGGAGGAGUACAUCAUCAGCAUCCGCCUGAAGGAGCUCCUCUCCAGGGACGCGAAGAACUGGCCCCGUCGCAGGCUCGCUAUUGAAGAUCCAUUUGCCUCGAAGAGAAAUGUUGCACGAAGCUUGAACAGCCAGAUGGUAUUCGAGUACAUCCAGGAGCGCUUCCGGACCACCUACAAAUACUUCGCUUGUCCUCAGAAGAGAGGUGCAGGCGGGGGACAUCAGAGGAAGAAGACGACAGGGGGACAAGGUGUGAAACUGGACGAGGCUGAGGGGAACAGAGACGGGGACAACAAGACAGGUGAAACAAGUCAGAGGGGGGUUCUGGUGUCAAAGGAGGACGGCGAAUUUGACAGCGAUGAUGAUGAUGGUUCAGAUCUGUCUGGGAGAUCCGGUGAGAAGAGCUUAGAUGCUGGAAUAAUGGAUAUAGUCCUGAAUGAUGGAGGCAAGCCUUCAUCUUCCCCCAACGGGCUGCUGGACAGUGAGGAGGAAGAGCAGGAAGAAGAGGACAGGAAUAGGCCUGCUGCAUCGGAUGACCUGCACUAUGUGUUCGAUAAGAUGAUUUUCACUGGUGGGAAGCCUCCGACUGUCGUGUGCAGCAUCUGCAAGCGGGACGGCCACCUGAAAGACGAGUGUCCUGAAGACUUUAAGAAAAUCGAGCUGAAACCUCUGCCUCCCAUGAACGACCGCUUCAGGAACAUUCUGGACGGGCUCUGCAGAUUCUGCUAUUAUGAACUCUCACCUUCACAUAUUGAGCAGCAGAAGAGGGAGCAGAUUCUGGCUGGUCUGGAGAGGUUCAUAAGGAAGGAGUACAAUGAUAAAGCCCAGCUCUGCUUAUUUGGCUCUUCCAAGAAUGGUUUUGGUUUCCGCGACAGUGACCUCGACAUCUGCAUGACUCUGGAGGGUCAUGAGACCGCGGAGAAGCUGAACUGUAAGGAGAUCAUCGAAGGUCUCGCAAAGGUGCUAAAGAAGCAUGCAGGUCUGAGGAACAUCCUGCCUAUCACCACAGCUAAAGUGCCUAUUGUGAAAUUUGAACACAGACAAAGCGGUCUGGAAGCAGAUAUCAGCCUUUAUAACACAUUGGCUCAACACAACACCAGAAUGCUGGCGACGUAUGCAGCUUUGGAUCCUCGGGUCCAGUUCCUGGGAUACACAAUGAAGGUCUUCGCAAAGCGCUGCGACAUUGGAGAUGCCUCCAGAGGAAGCCUGUCGUCCUACGCCUACAUCCUGAUGGUGCUUUACUUCCUGCAGCAGAGACAGCCGCCAGUUAUUCCCGUCCUGCAGGAGAUUUUUGAUGGUAAGACAGUCCCUCAGCGGAUGGUAGACGGCUGGAACGCGUUCUUUUUUGAUGACAUCGACAAGCUGCGUCAGCGCCUCUCCGACCACCAGCCCAACACAGAGUCGAUAGGGGAGUUGUGGCUCGGGCUGCUUCGGUUUUACACGGAAGAAUUUGACUUCAAGGAGCACGUCAUCAGCAUCCGUCAGCAGAAACGUCUCACCACGUUCGAGAAGCAGUGGACUAGUAAAUGCAUCGCUAUCGAAGAUCCCUUUGAUUUGAAUCAUAAUCUUGGUGCUGGAGUAUCCCGUAAAAUGACCAACUUCAUCAUGAAGGCCUUCAUUAACGGACGCAAGCUGUUUGGAACGCCCUUUUUUCCCAUCCCCGGUACUGAAGUGGAAUACUUUUUUGACUCGAAGGUGUUGACAGACGGCGAGCUGGCGCCCAACGACCGGUGCUGCAGGAUCUGUGGGAAGAUCGGGCAUUACAUGAAGGACUGUCCAAAGAGACGCAGGGUCAAGAAGAAGGAAAACGAGAAGGAUGAGGACACCAAAGAGGAAGAUCGGGAACCAAAGGACAGACGUUGUUUCCAGUGUGGGGACAUGGGUCACGUACGAAGAGACUGUCCUGAGAACCGCCACCUCAAACAGAGGAACGCCGGGGCCCCGAUUCCUCACAUGGUGCGAAGUAUGGCGAACUCCCAAUCCAUCCCGAUCCCUCAGGCUGCUGCCGACUCUCCUGGAAGGACCAGACAACCUUCUGAAUGUUCGGACAGUCGACAGACUCCGCCCUACUCCCCACAGCCCACCGCUGUCCCACAGUGCUCCCCCCUCUCCUCCGGCUCCCCUCAGACCGCCCACGGUAAAACCGGUUGUGUUGGUCCGCAGAAGCCGCUCGCCCACACCCAAGUCCCGCUGCCUCUCUUCAGCUUUCCCACCUCCCAUCCGGGCCAGUUUCAUCCCGCGACGCUCACUGCACUGGGGCUUCUUCCCUCCCACCAAUCUAAGGGGCAGCCUCACCACCCUGUCCACAUCCCCUCCACCGCCUGGCCCAUCCAUGGCCCUGUCCUCACUUCGCCCUCCGCCGCCGUCCCCUCCCCGCCCGGGCUGAAGUUCGCCCUGCGCUCUGUGUCGGGGAACAGGAGCCCCACAGGAACGGGGGGCAGCUCCAGCUCCAUGAACCUGAACGACCCAAGCAUCAUCUUCGCCCAGCCGGCGGGGAGACAAAUAGGCGUGGGGGGGCCGGGACGGGACGGGCUCUGGCACAACCACAUGGCCCAGCCUGGGUCACUGAUGGGCAACGGCACGGUGGUGAAGUCAGAACCUGGCCACCAAGUCCAGUUUGAAGGUGGGAGCCAAAGCUCGCGAUUAUGGGAGCACAACAAACCCCCCCAGUACACCCUCUCUCCAUCGUGGCCCUACAGGAUGCCCCAGAACUUCAUCCAGCAGGGCAAUGGAGACUUCCAAGCUGGAAAAACCUUCAUGGGCCCAGGUUCUGUGGUGCAUCCAAAUCCGAACUUCCCACUGGUUCCUCAUGUUCGGCAUCCAGUCAACCUGAAUUUUAUCCAGCAGAAGAAAUAAUCCCAUUUUAAUUUGAUCUCUGGCCAAUAAUAGAACAUAUUCAUGUACUCUUUGAAUCAAUUGAUCAUAUGGACAAUUUUAAGAAGAUGACAAAAUGAAUUUUAUCAUUUUUGUACAGUUUAUACGUUUUAAUUUUUGGGUCUCAUUGCAUUGAUUUGUGAUACAAAUGUCAAAUAUUUUAAUACCCCCAUUUUUGAGGGGGUCCAAAAAAAAGUGUUUUUAUUUUAUGUGUAAAGUAAGGAGGAAAAAUUGUAAACCUUUAUUUUUAUUAGCUGUAUUCAUACUUCGCUUGCUGAAAGAUGAAGGCUUUGAGUAGAUGUUUGUUUCUAAAACACCCUAACGUGUCAGUAUGUAGUUCCAAAAGCAAGAAAAAAGGGGAAAAAAAGGAAAACAUGAAGAAAAAACUCCAAAAAAAUAAAGAAAAAAGCAAACAGA